AUGAACGUGACGGAGUUGAAUCUCUCUGAUAUCUGUGAGCAUUUCUCCUGUCCAGAGAGAUCUGUAUCUCCUGCAGUUUAUAUCUUACUGUACGUGUGUUCAGCUGCUGUGGUUCUUCUAACAGUGUGUGGAAAUAUGAUCGUCAUCAUCUCUGUUCUUCACUUCAGGCAGCUUCACACACCGACCAACAUGCUCGUGCUCUCUCUGGCCGUGUCGGAUUUCCUCAUUGGUGCUUUUCUCAUGCCAUUCAUGUUCAUCUGGACGAUCGAGUUGUGUUGGAUUUUUGGGAGAGUUUUCUGCACUGUUUUUACAUUGUUUGGUGGUCUCCUCAUGAUCUUGUCCAUCUAUAAUAUCGCUCUGAUUGCUGUGGAUCGCUAUUUGGCGCUCUCACAUCCAUUUCUCUACACAAACAUUAUCUCUAGAAGGACCAUAAGCAAUGUGGUUUAUUCUAACUGGUGUUUGUGUCUGGUGUUUGUCAUAACAAUGUUUUAUUUGAGUGGAAACUUCAUGGGUUUUGUGAUGUGUCCUGGAGAAUGCAUUUUUGUUGUGAAUGAGGUUUGGUCUGUAAUCGAUCUCGUUUUAUCAUUUAUAUUUCCACUUUCUGUCAUAAUCAUAUUGUACAGUCGGGUUUUUCUGAUCGCUAAGAAACACGCCACUGCUAUCAGAGAGCUUAAUAAUCACACACGAGCUCAAACACAGAAAAUCACCUCCCACUCCAUGAAAUCUGAGAGAAAAGCAGCCAAAGUCCUCGGCGUUUUAGUGGCCGUGUUUAUCGUGUGUUUACUUCCGUAUUUUAUUUACAUUUUAUUAGGGAGUGUUAUUGAAGUUCAGGCUGAAACUAUUUCUAAAAUGACUCUAUUACUUUAUCUGAAUUCCACCAUUAAUCCAUUUAUUUACGCUCUGUUUUAUCCGUGGUUUAGGAGGUGCAUUAAAUUAAUUGUAACUCUGCAGAUAUUCCAAACAGACUCCUCAUUAAUUAACGUUCUUUCAUGA